ACACCUAUAAUGCUUUGUGCAACUUCAGAGCCUGAAAGCGAACGAGAUUGGAUUUUAGUUGCCAAGACACUAAAAAUCGGAAACGUUAACGUCAAGUCUCAUAAAACUGGACAUACGCCCUUGAUGAAUGCCGUAGCACGGGGCUUAGAGCGGAUGGUCCGGUUGCUGCUCGAAGAAGGGGCUGACCCAAACACUCAAGACUUCAGUGGUUCCACUGCCCUGAUGUACGCAGCUGAAUACGGGAGAGAAGGGUGCGCGAAGGCUCUCCUCGAGCACCACAAAUGUGAUUCCACUCUCAGAGACAAAGAUGGAAAAACAGCUUGUCAAAUAGCUCUUACUGCAUGUUAUAAGGACCUGGCCUUACUUAUCCAUCUGCAUGAAAAGAAGAAAAUGAAAACUAACCAAAUCAGACUUUCGCCUAAAAGUCAUCAAAAAUGGACUCGGCCACCAACGAAGAAACGCAUUCCGCAACUGUAAAAAAAAAAACAAUUAAAA